AAUCUUAAACCCUAAAAAGUUGAAGUCCGAUUGUGUGCGAGGCUAUUACUUUGCACCUGCGUUUUUUUUUAACCUCUCUCUCAACAGCAACAAUGGUGAAGCACUACAGACCCCCGGGAAAGAAAAAGGAGGGAAACGCUGCUAAAUUUGUCACGAGGUCACAAGCACUCAAGCAGCUUCAAAUUAGUCUACCCCUUUUCAGGAAACUAUGCAUUUUGAAAGGAGUAACUCCUCGGGAGCCUAAGAAAAAGUUCAAAGGAACUCACCAGACUUAUUACCAUGUGAAGGAUAUCACAUUUCUUCAUCAUGAACCUUUGCUUGAAAUACAUAGAGCAAUAAGAGUACAUGAGAGAAAAAUAAAGAAGGCAGAGGCAAAGAAAAACCAUGAACGAGCGAAAAGGCUGCGGGAGAAAACACCCAAACCCAAGAUUGAUAGGAUUAUUCGGCAGAGAUACCCAAGAUUUGUAGAUGCACUUGGAGAAUUGGAUGACUGUCUUUCAAUGGUGCAUCUUUUUGCAGCUUUACCUGCAUCAGAGAGCAAAAAAAUUGAAGUUGAGCGUGUCCAUAAAUGUCGAAGAAUGGCACAUGAAUGGCAAGCAUUCAUAUCGCGCACUCACAAGUUAAGAAAAACAUUUGUAUCUGUUAAAGGCAUAUACUACCAGGCUGAGAUCGAGGGCCAAACAAUAACAUGGUUGACUCCUCAUUCACUACAGCAGGUUGUGUCUGAUGAUGUUGACAUCGCUACCAUGCUAAACUUUUUGCAAUUGUAUGAGCCUCUUCUUGGUUUUGUCAAUUUCCGCCUCUAUCACUCUAUAAAUUUGAAGUAUCCCCCCAUACUUGAUCCUCGGUUGGAAGCUUUGGCAGCAGAUUUAUAUGCGCUGUCAAGAUAUGCCAAUGCGAAUACCAGACCCUCUGUAGUCAAUUCUGAAGCUUCUCAUGUAGCUGAAUCUGAGCAAGUGGAGACCAAGCAAAAAAUGGCAGAGACUGUAGAUGAAAAAUCUGAGCUAAGACUUGCUCAACUUCAGCAUCAACUUCCUUCCAAUGAACCUGGUGCACUAAUGCACCUUGUCGAGGAAGUUGCUGAUGAAGAUGAAGAGGAUCAAGAUACAAAAGAAUGUAAAAAGCUCUUUAAAAAUAUGAAGUUCUUCUUGAGCAGGGAGGCACCAAGGGAAUCAUUACUUUUUGUUAUUCCGGCUUUUGGUGGUAUAGUCUCCUGGGAGGGAGAGGGGGCACCAUUUGGGGAAUCUGACCAGAGCAUUACUCAUCAGGUUGUUGACAGGGAAUCACAAGGACACAGGUUUCUCUCAAGAGAAUAUGUUCAACCGCAGUGGGUAUUUGACUGUGUGAAUGCGCGGAUUAUUUUACCAACGGAGAAUUAUGCGGUGGGAAGGAUUCCUCCACCGCACUUGUCACCUUUUAUUAACUACGACGAAGAAGGAGCAUAUGUUCCUGACUAUGCAAAGACCAUUAAACACUUGCAAGCUGCUGCCAGAGAGGAAGUUCUUCCACUUCCAGGUGUUGGAAAAGAAGAUCUGGAAGAUCCUCAAAAUCUUCUGGUCGAAGGUAUUAUUGAUCGAGCAGAGGCUAAUGAAGCCACACGGAGAAAGCAGAAGAUGAUGAUUCUCGAGCAGCAAUACCAUGAUGAUUUGAAAAAAGAACUUGAAGGUGUUAGUUAUGCUUCAGCAGGUUCUAAUGUUGGUAAAGAAACAUUUACUGGAGUUGUACACCCUGGAGAGUCAACUACCAGCAUUAAAGAAAAUGUUGCUGAUGUUGAUGACAUGGGUAAACUUAUGAUGUCACGUAAAAAGAGAAAACUAUUGGAAGCCAUGCAGAUAUCGAAUAAACGCAAGCAAGCUCAUAACGAUCUUAUUAAACAACGUAAAAAGAAAAUUGAUGAAGCUCAGAGUUGAAGAGAUCCUGCAUCCUCACGGAUUCCAGUUUUGAUUUCAUUAUGUGUUAUAGCUGCUGAUUUAUAAGGCUAUUUUAUUUUUCAGUUUGCUAGUAUAGGCAUUUGAACUUAUUUUAAGUCUCAUUCUUGUUUUGUAACUGAUCUGUUUUCAAAGGCCUGAGAAAAAUUUGAUUUGUUUAAGGACUUUUUGUAAGUUCUCAGGUUUGAGCCUUUGAUAUAUUUGUCUGUUGUCCCAGAUUCAGUAAAUCAACUGGGUGUGUAAGAAACUAAUUAAA